AUGGUGACAGGCAUCAGCGACCUCCCAGCGGACUGCCUGGCGCUGGUCGCGUCCCUGACCUCCCCCGGGGACGCGUGCAGGCUGGCGGCCACCGCCGUCGCGCUCCAGGCGGCUGCCGACUCCGACCAGGUCUGGGGGAGCUUCCUCCCGGCGGACUGUGCCGACAUCCUCGCGCGGUGUAGUGCUGCCGGUGAUGAGCGCCGCCGGGAAGGAGAAACGAAUAAGGAGCUCUUCUCCCGCCUCUGCGACUGCCCCGUCCUUCUCGAUGGCGGCAAGCUGAGCUUCUCGCUGGAGAGGCAUAGCGGCGCCAAGAAGUACAUGAUAGCUCUGUGGCACGGGUUUGGUGGCUACCAGUACUACGGAUUGGAGGACUCGUCCAGUCACACUUUCACCUUCACUCCAGUGUGCAGUUGCGCUCUAGGGACGUGA